UUCACUGGUUAUUGGAUGUACUAGCUUUGCUCGCCUCUAUGGAAGACAAAUUAAACUCCAAAACUCUUGGAAACUUUGUUCUCCUUAUAGUCAUUUUACAGGUGUUGCUGCACAUCGCAUCUGGAAGAUCGAAUACCUCAGCCGAACACUCGAUUAGGAAGCUACUGUUAGACGAUUACGACCAGGCUGUACUGCCGAUAAGGGGCGGUUCUCCUGUUGAUGUAGAAUUUGGACUAAAGCUCAAUGCACUUCAAAAAGUGGACAGUAAAGAACAACUUAUCUCAGUCGAUACAUGGGUCGUCAUGAAAUGGAAUAACACUUUCUUAUACUGGGACAAAAGCAAGUACGGUGGAAAAGAUCGAGUUAACUUUCUACCCACCGAAGUAUGGUUUCCAGACAUCGCCCUUCAUAACAACGGUGACAAUCUUACCCCGAGGGCGGGAGGUACGAGCAAGUUUUUGUCCAACGUUGCUGUUGAUAGCGAUGGUUUGAAUGUCUGGAGUGGCCCAGCCAGUUUUACAGCGAGCUGUGAAUUGAAAUUAGAUUAUUGGCCUUUUGAUACGCAAAAGUGUGCAUUCAGAUUUGGAUCUUUCUCCUAUCAUAAGCAACAAUUGACAAUCAGCCCUUUUGCAACCAAGAGCACUUUAGGAGAAAGUUUCAUCGAAAAUGGCGACUGGGCCAUCAUGGGCAUUGACAUAGACAUUGGCGAGACCGACCACGGUAACUGCUGUCCAUACAAGUUCUCUCAGAUAUCUUUCACCAUCACCAUGGAACGGAAAUACAGUUAUCAAAUGUUUUAUGUGGUUGCACCCUGCCUCAUAAUGUCCAUCCUUACSCUGGUCAGCUUCUGGAUCCCGUCAGAGAGUGGGGAGAGGAUUGGUUUUGUUACUACACUCUUGCUAGGCAUGAUGGUAUUUUUGCUCAUAGUUCCAGACUCACUUCCAGAGUCUUCAAGAGCAAUUCCAGUGCUGGGCGUUCUACUGAUGUGCACUUUAGUUCUAAUCUCUUUCGUGCUACUCGCCACGAUUGCAGUCCUGCGAUGCUUCCACACCGAAGGAACCCCGCCAAAAUAUUUAAGAUGGCUUUCGAAAUCCACAGUGGUAAAUGAUAAUGGAGCAUUUGAGAUUGUCGAGCUGGACAGACAGAAACCAAGCGUGGCCACUUUAAGGGCCGUCCAGCCGUUUCAAGCGGAUCCUGCUGUCAAACCGGGCACACCGAGAACUAAAGGCACCGCUACCGUGUCAUGGCAAGGAAUCGCGUGCAGACUCGACACCAUAUUUUUCUGGUUUUUUCUUGUGGUGUAUGUCGUGGUAUACGCUGUGUUGCUAACUGCUAGAGGUUAGACUUGAAAACAACAUUUAGUAUUGUAUCUCCAUAUUAACUCUUUAAUAUAUAUUGUCACGUGGGACGUCAAUCACAACACAUUAUUGCACCAAUCUAGACGUGUAUAAAACCAAUACUUAGAGAACCGAAGCACAAACUGUUGCAUUUAUUUUUCAUUAUUGAUCGAAUAUAGCACUUUUCUCCAAAUGUUGUAAAAGGGGGCCACUAG